AUGUCUCAAUCCCAGACCGACGAGCUAGCUCUUUUGGACGAGGACGACAGCAUGGACCCAGACGACCCGGAGGACGAGACGCAGGGAAUGGAGAUCCCGGCGGGCUUUCGCCUUCAAGAAUCUACCCCCGCUGCUCUUGAUAGAUUGCUUUUGCAACGUGGAGUGCUUGCUCGGCUGGGCAUGGGGUGGUUCGGUGGGUUGAUUAUUCAGCAAUCUCCGCAGCGCAGUCUGUACGACUACUGUGUGCAGCUGGAAGUAGACCACAGUACGCGCAAUAUGAAGCUGCCCUUAGACAAGUACAGCGGAGAUCCGGACGCGGCGGCUUCGGCGGGUGGCGCUGCCAGCGGUCGAUCGAGCCCGACCAUGAGUACGGGCGGGCUAGACGACGACUUCUCGCCCGCGGGGAGCGGGCCAUCGAGGAAGGUUCCACCGCUUGGCGACUUGGUGAAGCACAUGGGGUCGCUGACCAUUCCGAUGCUUGCGGAAAGUGCCGGGGUCACCACGGAGGAGGCGGACUACUUCCUCAACACGGGCUUCACGCCCGACGAAGUUCAGCCGGAAAGGGCCGUGGCCAUAAUGACGGUACUACUCGACAAAAGGCUUAGUCUCCAGCGCGACGGAGACAGCCUGCCCGGGUUUGGUAGGUUUGACGAGUCGGUCAUGUUUAAACUGCCUGAGCUCUACGGCGUGGAAAUGAUGGGCUUCCGCAGCCUGCCGGAAUCGAAUUGGUUUCACAGCAGAUGGCCCAUAGAUCGUGUUACGCCGGACAAGGUGCUUCAGGUUACGAAGCGGGUGGCUUCGUUGUUGGUGCUCGGCGCCGGCGUGACGAACUCCUGGCUGUCCGCCGCCGGUCAGACAUCCAGGCCCGGUUCUGCAAGAGUGGGGGGUGCGCACGCCAUGUCAGGCAGCCACGCUUCAGGGGGGGCGAGUGGGCCUUCGGGAAACCGUGGAAGGAAGCCCCGUGCCAAGACCAAAAAGCUCGCCAAGGAUGGGCUAGUUAGGUGGCAGUCGCUCGGGCACUCGCCGAUCAGAAAUNUAGCAGUGGCUGACGCUCGGUCACUCGCCGAUCAGAGACGUGAAGAGGACGAGAGGAGGUGGGCGGCGGAAGCUAAACGAGAGGUAGGGAGGAGGCAGGAGCUCCUGGACAUGAUGGCCCACGAGAGGGCAAUGCGGGAAGAUGAAAGGAAACACGACAGACAAGAGCGGGAGGUGGAGAGGGCGGCUGCACGGGUAGAGCAAAAAGCAGAUCGUGAUAACCAAAUCAGGAUGAUGCAACUCCAGGUAGACCUGGCGAAGGCAAAGGGCAACAAUAUCUAG